AUGCGUGCCAACACAAGGCAGCACUCUCAGGGCAGCCAAGUGUCUGACGGCUCAGACCUUCCCAGCAAGGAAGUCGGCGACAAGCUCAUUGAGGCCUACUAUGCAAGGGUGCACCCAAAGCAUCCCUUCCUGCCUCGGAAAAGAGUCCUGUCGCUACACGAGGCUAGACUUGAGCUCGUACCAGCGCAUAAGGCUGUGCGUUCCGAAGUUAUGUGGAGCAGAUGCGACUAUGCAACCUUGCAACUAGUAUAUGCCAUUGGAGCACGUUACUUGCAGCUGAGCAACGAUGAUGAUCAUUAUUCGUCUCCAAAGCGACACUAUGCCUGCGCGAUGGCAGAUGCGGACAGUAUCUUUGCAACAGGUAGUCUCGAGAGCUUGGAGGCGAUGCUUCUGCUCACGAUAUAUCAAUUAAGGUCUCCGACAGGUCCUGGGGUCUGGUGGAUGAUCGAGAUAACAAUGCGGUAUUGUAUCGAUAAUGGCCUCCAUCGACAAGCCACCAACAUCCCUCCAACUCUCGAUGAGAGACGGAAACGGAUCUUCUGGACGACAUACAUGUUGGAGAGAUCAAUCGCGCGGACCAUGGGUCGACCUCACUCUAUUUCCGAUAGAGAUAUUGACGUCCCGCUCCCAGCCAACAUCGACGAUGAGCUGGGCACUGACGAAGCCAUCCUUGCAGCAAUUUCUGAGUCGAAACAACAUCCUUCUCAGAUCACCACACUCACGCCAGCUAUUCAUAUCUUUCGGCUGCAACUGAUCGAUUCCAAGAUUUCAUAUACGUACCAUAAAGCCAUCAUACUCCUAAACCUGCCCUUCUUACCCACCCUCACGCCACAAAGCCCGACCUUCCACGAGGUCGUCCACUCCGCCGGACAGGUCUGCUCCCUUUCAAAACGCCUUCACGACCAGCAGACUUACAUCUCUUUUUCUAUGCUCUCGCUACAUGCCAACUUCGUCGCCGGGUUGGUAAUGGUUUACUGUUUCUGCCUCGAUUCGUCAAUCUUUAGUCCCAAGUUCAGCAGCAGCGUUCGAGCGUGUAGCACGAUGCUGUACAUCAUCUCCGAGCGAUGGCCGAGAGCGGUUAAGGCUCGAAACGCAUUUGAUAGGCUCGUCGCUUCUACGAUAGAAAGUGACCACGAUGCAAGCAACACUAUUUUGACAUUUGAAGAUAAUUUACAGGUCUCGCGGGAUGACUUUCAGCCUGGCCUUGUGGCAGAUGAGCCGGGACAGCUAGAGGUUUGGAGUAACUUCGAGUCGAUACUUGGAGAUCAUCACAUUGAUCUGGGAACUUGGAUGCAUGAUAGUAUCUUUGACACGAUGGGCACGUUUCAGUCGAUGGAUUGGACGGAGUAG